AUGGAACCAAAUGUGCCAGACGAGACGUCCGACGUAGGGCGCGGUACGGUCAACGCGUCUAGAGGCCCCAGCGCGACGGAUGACUUCGUUGCAAUUUUGACCGGUGACCUCCGGUGCGCAUGCUGCAAGAAAGACAACCUCCAGCAGUGCAAGAUACGCGCAAGGAGUGUAAGGUGUCAGUACUGCCAAGACACGCGCAAGCGGAAGUGUACCAUAAGUAACUACAUUCGCCUGGGCCUCAUCACCGUGGCCGAAGAUGGUACCGCGACGUACGCGCCAAAUGAAGAAACCGAGAACAUGGAGGUUCCGGCAGGCAUGCGCAAGAAGUGGCUCAGCGUCCCCAAGAAAGCUCCACAGACCGGGAGGCGCGGAUCCACGCACAAGGGAAAAGCCGUUGCGUCGCGGGCCCAACGCAGCUCGCGUGACGAGAGUGAGAGGUCUGACACGUCGCUGCGUGCGGGGCCCAGCCGCAAGCGCCGUCGGCGCACCUCUGAUGCUACGUCUUUCGUACCGUCCGAUGCUUCGCGCUCGCCCGCGAGCGUUCGGCCCACCAGUAGCAAUGAAAGUGUCGACGAGUUGGACGAGGAUGCGGACGGGGGCACAGGUGCGGUAGGAGUCACCGCCACGGACGAGGACGAGAUCGACGGUGAAGAUGAUAGUGCCGAGGAUGACACGGAGGAUAGCGAAGCGGAGAAAGAGGCAAAUGAUCGCGAGGUUAGGGCCGAGCCGGAGCUCACUCGCAAAUGGCUCAGCAAGCCGCGAAGGAGCACGGGGAUGGACCGGUACGAGCUCGCGGCUGAAGAAGCCAGUCUCGCGACAGACCGCAGCAAGCUCGCCUUGGAGAUUGCGAAGGCCGGCGGGGACAAUGCGCAUUACGCCGCCAACAAGGUAGAGGCGGCGGAGCGCAGGGUCGCUGUUCUCGAGCGCAAGGUCGCAAAGCUCGAGAGCGACCUUGAGGACAGCAACCAGCGCACCGCGACGCUCGAGUCCCGCCUCGCGAAGCUCUCGAAGGACGUCAGGAAGAUGCGGAAGUGA